UAAAAUGACAAUCAACUCAUCUGGUUGAAGAUAAAUUAUCGACUUAGUUAAAUUUUAUAUUAUGUCAGCUGCAGUCUUUACGCCCGUUAACCAGGUAAGAUUGACCAACGUUGCGGUAGUGAGGCUGAAGAAGGGUGGCAAACGUUUUGAAUUGGCUUGUUACAAAAACAAAGUUAUAUCUUGGAGAAAUAAAGUUGAAACAGACUUGGACGAGGUACUACAAACGCGUACAAUAUUUACAAACGUUAGUAAAGGAGAAGUGGCAAAAAAGGUUGAUCUGGAAAAAUGUUUUAAGACCUUCGAAGAACAGAGGAUAAUAGAAGAGAUUUUAAGGAAGGGAGUUUUGCAAGUCUCUGAAAAGGAGCGCCAAGCUGCAUUAGAAUCGUCUUUUAAGGAAAUAGCUAGUUUGGUUUCUAACCAAACUGUGGAUCCUGGUUCAAAAAAGCCUUACCCUGUGACAGUUAUAGAAAAUGCCAUGAAACAAGCGCACUUCUCUGUGAAACCGCAGAGGCCUGCUAAAUUACAGGCUUUGGAAGUCAUUAAACUCUUAAAAGAGUCGAUGCCCAUUGAACGUGCUCAGAUAAGGAUACAAAUAAAUUUUCCUGUCCAAUUUAAGUUAGUUAAAGAUCAGCUUGAAGCUCUAGUAGUUUUAACCGAGCAUCUCGAAGUCAACUCGGAGGUGGAAAUGAUAUGCUUAAUCGAGCCAGGAAUGUGGAGAAAAGUGGAAAUUUGUCUUCGGACAGCAACUAAAGGAGCUGGGAUCCUUCAGAUACUGUGCCUUCGAUCCAAUGAAAAUGAUGUUUUCGGCUAACCGCUCUUUAACACCCUUAUGCGUAAUAAAAGGUCCUUUAGCUU